CUUUUUCUCUCCAUAUUGGAAGGAGAAAGCCGCUUCAGCUAUAAAGAACAGACCCACUAUUUGCGAUACAUCGCGAUACGUUUUGCACUUUAAAUCAAGGACAUUAUCGAGAGGAAAUAUUAUUGUGAUAUACUUAUUUGGGAAAGGCGAAAGAGGAAAACUUAUAACACGCAGUGGUUUUGAAUAAUCUGUUUCUCACUCGAGUCAAACAUCAUGGAUGAUUUGCAGAAUUACAAGCUACAGCUCCAACAGGUGGAAGCAGCUCUCACGACAGAUCCGAAUAAUGAGGAGUUGAUAAAGCUGAAAUUUGAUCUAAAGGAAGUAAUAAAACUGACACAUGAUUUAAUUAAAUCACAACAACAGGAAAAAAGACAAGCCAAUGGUAUGGAUGCUAAAGAUCCUAUUUUGCUUGCAGUUCUGGCUAAUAAAUGGAAAGUCGGCGAUCAAUGUAUGGCACCUUGGAGCGAAGAUGGCAAAUAUUAUGAAGCAACCAUAGACUCAAUAAGUGAAGAUGGAGUUGUAAACAUAACAUUCAAUGAAUAUAAGAACACAGAUGUCACCAUGCUCAGUCAGUUGAAAUCUGUUGCUAAGAGGCCAGCGUCAGAUUGGGCAGAUCAAAAAUCAAAGAAAAUGCAAGCAGCUGCAGUGGCAGGCUCGGAUCCAAACAAACAAAGAGAAUAUCUUAAGAAGAAGAAACAGAGGAAAUUGCAGCGAUUUAAGGAACUGGAGGAAGAACGUGAGUUAGAGAAAAACAAAUGGUUAGCAUUUACCAAUAAGUCUUCAAAGAAAGGCGUCAUAAAGAAGAGUAUCUUUGCGACCCCGGAGAAUGUGAAUGGUCGCGUUGGAAUUGGUACCUGUGGCGUUAGUGGUCGGGAAAUGACUAAGUUCAGUAAUGGGGAAAAAUGGAGAAGGGGAACUUAAAUAAUUUAAAUGUAAAUAAAUAGAUUACUCUACUUAUAACUUAAUGAAAGAUAGAAGAGAUUUUUGCAGAAUUACUAUUAUCUUAAAUAUUAAAGAGACUGCUGAUUUUUUCAUAAAUGUUGGCACAUGGGAUAAAUCCAUGCGCAUAAUCACAAAAAUGGUGAUGAUAUUUUUAUGAAGUGCACAGAGAUAGUAAAUUUUGUCAUAUAUUAGCAUCAACCUUUGUAAUUCCCGAAACAAUUUCGAAUUUUUUUACCGUAACACGAAAAUAACUGACAAAUGUGAAUGUGUUUCUAGAUUAAUAUGUUUCUGUCGAUAUAAUUUGUUUACAAAUUUAUUGAUAUAAAUAAAUGUAUAUAAAUGUUUAA